AGUGUUGCAAUCCUUUUGGAACACACAAGGAAAGUAAAAAAAUUGCUAUAAAAGGUAAUAUAAAGAUUUCCAUAGACAUGGCAAACUAUUUGCAAAAAAAUAAUGUUUAUGUAACCCCAGGUUGGAAAUUCUGCAGUAAAUGUUACAAAAAAGCAAUAGAAACUGAUGAAGAUUUAAAUUCACAGGAGGAAUGGGAAUCAAAAAGUGAGAAAAAAGUUAAGUUAGAUACCACUAUAGUAUUGCUUGGAAUCUCACUGGUCAAACUAAAAAGUCUUUCAAAACACAGCAAAUUGCCUGUAGCAAAACAAAAGUUUGAGAACACUAUUGACAGAGUUGCAAAAAUGGUCUCAUUAGCAUAUAAUAUUAAAGAAACUUUUUUAACAACAGAAAUAAAAAGCUAAAAUUUCAGAGAUUGACUCUUAUUGCCAUAAGGUGCAAAUGUUAACACUCGCACCAAAAUCAUGGACACGUAAAAAGAUAUCAAGCUACUUUGAAGUGUCUGAGUAUCUUGUUCGAACAGCAAGAAAAGUUAAAAAUGAGAAUGGAAUUCUAUCAUUACCCGGGAAAAAAACUGGAAACCCACUUUCAUCAGAAACAGUUAAUUUAGUGAUUAACUUUUAUCAAAGUGAUGAAUUUUCAAGAAUGAUGCCAGGAAAAAAAGAUUAUGUAAGUAUUAAGAAAAACCAACAUGUUCAAAAAAGAUUAUUGCUACUCAAUCUUAAUGAAUUACAUGUUGCAUUUAAAAAAGACUAUCCUAACGUCAAAGUCAGUUUGUCAAAGUUUUGUACUCUUAAACCUAAAUGGUGUAUUACAACUAAUGCGUCAGGUACCCACAAUGUAUGUGUUUGCAUACAUUACCAAAAUACAAAAUUUCUCAUUGAUGCCAUUAGGUGGAAUAAAAGUUAUAAAGAUUUCAUGGCAUUGAUUGUUUGCUCUCUUGAAAAUGCAGAAUGUAUGUUGCAUCGAUGUAACCAAUGUCCUGGUAUUGAAGCGUUAAAAAGUUUUUUAGUGCAGGAGUUUAUGGACCAUGAGCAUGAAGAAGAUGUAGUAUUUAAGCAAUGGCAGAGUACAGAUCGUACAACACUACUUUCACAGUCAUUGCCACUAGAUGAAUUUAUUGAUUUAUUAUGUGACAGUAUUGACAACCUUACCACUCAUUCAUAUAUUGCAAAAACACAAAGUAGAUACUUAAAAAACUGUAAAGAAAAUCUUAACCAAAAUGAAUGCUUAAUUUUAGGAGAUUUUGCUGAAAACUAUCAAUAUGUUGUUCAGGAUGAGGUUCAAAGUUAUCACUGGAGCAAAAAGUCAAUGCUCACUUUAUACAGUUGUACUUUAUUUUAUAGAGAACAAACUUCUCAAACAUAAAUCUUUUUGUUACCUUUCAGAAGAUGUUGAUCAUGACACAGAAUUUAUUUACAAGACUCAGGAAGAUAUAACUAGAUAUAUCAAAGAAAAUCUACCUGAUGUAUCAAGUGUGAAAUACUUUUCUGAUGGUUGUGCAGCACAAUUUAAAAAUUUUAAAAAAUUUUAUCAAUCUUUGUCAUCACAGUAAAGACUUUGAUUUAAAUGCUGAAUGGGUAUUUUUUGCUGCCAGUCAUGGUAAAUCCCCCUGUGAUGGUAUUGGUGGGACUGUUAAAAGAGUAGUAUGUCAAGAAAGUCCAAAACAAAUAACUACUGGGCAGAUUUUAGAUGUUAAUUUAAUGUACUCCUUUUGUAAAGCCAAGAUAAAUGGAAUUUAUUUUGUUAUUUUCAAAAGAAGAAAUUGAUCAAAAACGAGCACAAUUAGAAAAAAGAUAUUUAGGUGGAAGAACAGUUCCUGGCACAAGGAUGUAUCAUCAUUUUAUUCCAAUUGCUCCAGUUUA